UCCGGCUGAGGAGGAAGCGGAGGUGUCGCUGGCCUCGGCCUUUGCUUUGAUCUUCGGUGGACAUUUAAGGAGGAUUACAGGUUAUGGGUGCUACAUGUGUGCUUUCAGAGCAGUAGUGUGAGGAAGCUUGAAGUGGGAUGGCAGGACGGCCUCAUCCCUAUGACAGUAACUCCAGUGAUCCAGAGAAUUGGGAUCGGAAAUUGCAUAGUAGACCUCGUAAACUUUGUAAACAUUCAAGUACUCCCUCACGUAUCGCUAAAGGAGGAGUCGACCACACCAAAAUGAGUCUACAUGGUGCUAGUGGGGGACAUGAGAGAUCGAGAGAUAGGCGAAGGUCAAGUGACAGAUCACGAGAUUCAUCUCACGAAAGAACAGAGUCUCAGCUCACUCCUUGUAUCAGAAAUGUUACUUCUCCAACACGACAGCACCAUGUUGAUCGAGAAAAAGAUCACAGUUCCUCUCGUCCAAGUAGUCCUCGUCCUCAAAAAGCAUCCCCAAAUGGUUCCCUUAGCAGUGCUGGGAACAGCAGCAGAAACAGUAGUCAGUCAAGUUCAGAUGGUAGCUGUAAGACAUCUGGGGAAAUGGUGUUUGUAUAUGAAAAUGCAAAAGAAGGAGCUCGGAACGUAAGAACGACAGAACGAGUGACACUAAUAGUGGAUAACACUAGAUUUGUUGUAGACCCAUCCAUUUUUACUGCACAGCCAAAUACAAUGUUGGGCAGGAUGUUUGGAUCUGGCCGAGAACAUAACUUUACACGUCCCAAUGAGAAGGGAGAGUAUGAAGUGGCAGAAGGAAUUGGUUCCACUGUGUUUCGAGCUAUUCUGGAUUACUAUAAGACAGGAAUAAUCCGUUGUCCUGAUGGCAUAUCUAUUCCUGAACUGAGAGAAGCAUGUGACUAUCUUUGUAUCUCUUUUGAAUAUAGUACUAUUAAAUGUAGAGAUCUCAGUGCCCUAAUGCAUGAGUUAUCGAAUGAUGGUGCUCGUAAACAAUUUGAAUUUUAUCUGGAAGAGAUGAUCCUCCCUCUCAUGGUAGCUAGUGCCCAGAGUGGGGAACGAGAAUGCCAUAUAGUGGUACUUACAGAUGAUGAUGUGGUUGAUUGGGAUGAAGAAUAUCCACCACAGAUGGGAGAAGAAUAUUCACAAAUUAUUUAUAGCACAAAAUUAUAUAGAUUUUUCAAAUACAUUGAAAACAGAGACGUGGCCAAAUCAGUUUUGAAGGAGAGGGGUCUUAAGAAGAUUAGAUUGGGAAUAGAAGUUUUUAAAACCUUUCUUUCCUUCAGGUUAUCCUACCUACAAAGAAAAAGUAAAGAAAAGGCCUGGGGGCCGCCCAGAAGUGAUUUACAACUAUGUCCAAAGACCCUUUAUUAGAAUGUCCUGGGAGAAGGAAGAAGGAAAGAGUCGGCAUGUAGACUUUCAGUGUGUAAAGAGUAAAUCCAUUACCAACCUUGCAGCAGCUGCCGCAGACAUUCCCCAAGACCAGCUGGUAGUCAUGCACCCAACUCCGCAAGUGGAUGAGCUGGAUAUUCUCCCUAUCCAUCCUCCUUCUGGCAACAAUGACCUCGAUCCCGAUGCACAGAAUCCAAUGCUGUGAUGCUGAUGUUCCUUGAAACUAUAGCAUGCUACUCUUCACAGUGAUGUUGUACUCUUCUCAUUCUGCACUGCAAGGCCACUCUUCUUCAUUGUGAGAUGCACAUAACAAUGUUUAGGAUAUUGCAGUGUAGGCUUUUUUAAAGACCAAAGGUAGCUGAAUGGUUUUUUAAAUGAGUACAACUCUAGCAUCCUGAAGUUCCAGUUAUAUAAAUGUAUUUGUUUACCAGUAGGUUUGUGAAAUUGGUUCUUUGUAUGGGGGACAGUCCUUUUUCACACAUCUAGGUUUUUUCAGAAGUGGUUGAAAUUGGCAGCUGGGGUGCUUUCAGUCUAGAUUGCUACUCAUCACACCCCAGAUAAAAUGCAGAAUAUUAUAUAGUUGCACUUUAUAAAUGGUGGUUAAAUGGAACUGUUCAAGCCAUUUUAUAGUUGUGAUGCACAAUAUAACUUAAGUGCUUCUAUCAAAGUAUUCCUUCAGUAAAAUGUGUAUAGUUUGCUGCCCACGAUGAGCAAAAAAUGAAUAUUUAUGUUGGGCUUAUUUGAAUGAUUAGGAUGAGAUUCAAUGCCCAUAUCUUAACAGUUCGGUUAUCUCCAGUGCCAUUUCACCCUUUAGAGUGAGUCACAUGCAGGGAUUGUGACCAUCAGAGGUGGUUUAUUAUCCAGUCUGCCUUACCCUUAAUCUGUUCACAGAUAUUUAUUUACUAAUGCUUUGUUUUCUUAAGAGUUAUGGGAUAGGAAAAUGAAGUGUUUGCUCUUCAUACUAAAUGAUUGUAAACUCAAGUUUUUCAUCAAAAUAAAAUUCCAUUGUUUUAA